UCACCAACUGCCGCUCCCGAGCAGCACAACAGAUAAUGUAUAGUGUCCUGCUGUUCCCAAUAUCUCCACUUUAUGGGGUGUUGGGGCUCUUAUUUUCUUUUGACCUUCCUUGUACCCUCGAUCGGUCAGCCAUCCGUCUACUUUCCGCAGUUUCAGCGCAAUAUUUUCCUGUCAUGAGCGUCUAUCCAACGUCUUCAAAUUAUGAUGGAUUGUUCUCCAGAGGCAGUUAUAGGCUUUCAUGGUCUGGCUCGCUGGCUUUCCACGCAAUUUCACUUGUCGGUGAUAUUGGUGGAAGCUGAAGCUUGGCUCUGUCUCGGGACGGCAAGAUCCCAAUGAAAUCUGCGUCUAACGAUCUUCGUUAGAUUCACACGCAUCCUUCACAAUCUUGUGAGUACUUAAAUUUGGCACAAAACCUCUUGCUUACUGGCCCUUUAAGAAGGCUUUAUGUCGUCGGUUGAUC